GGUCGUUGCUUGGUUGCGAUUCAAUUGUAUGGCCCGUGCGCAUAUUCGUUGAUUUUUGCAACCGUCACGAACUUGACUCCAAUGGCACAAGAAAAGGCAAACGUUGUACCGGGGCCUCUCUCAAAGGCUGUAAAGUCUAACAAGAAAGCCGCCCCCGCUUUCGUCAAGUAUUAUCUAUUCGCAUACAACGUCCUAUCUACAAUAGGCUGGGCUUAUAUUCUCAUUUUCACUAUCAUCCACGUUUUUGACCUGGACGGAAAAUCUACCUCGAUUACCUCUUCUUCUUCCACCGCGUCUUCCACCCUAGGUCGACUGUUUUCCUCAAUUCCCUUCAUAAAGUCCACCCAAAAGUUCAAUACGGUCGGUGGACUAGAGGCUCGUUUGCACCCUCUAUUGGUACCCGUCUACCGCCGUGCUGCGACAACGUUUGGACGUAUAGGUGUCACCACAGCCUGGGUCCAAAGUUGCGCGCUGCUGGAAGUCGUACAUGUAUUGUUGGGCUGGGUGCGCAGUCCAUUGCAGACUACUGCUAUGCAAGUAUCGAGUAGGCUAUUUUUGGUUUGGGGAAUCGUUGAGCAAUUUGCUUCUGUCCGCUCGAACCCUCUAUAUACAUCGAUGGUUUUUGCGUGGUCACUCACCGAGGUCAUACGUUACUCUUUUUAUGCCUGCAACCUACUCGGUUAUGAACCAUCUGAGCUCCUUUACCUCCGAUAUACUACUUUCUAUGUCCUAUAUCCACUAGGCGCAUCUUCGGAGGCAUUUUUGAUCUAUGCUACACUUCCAUCAACAUCUCCAAUCCCGAGCUGGUCUUCUUGGAUAAUGGGCAUGUGGACACCAACCGAUUACAUUCGCGCAACUCUAUUCUUGAUCUGGUGGCCAGGUCUAUAUAUUAUGUACACCCAUAUGGUAAAACAAAGGCGUAAGGUAUUUGGUUCAGGGAGAACCUCGACAGCUAAGAAAACGGAUUGAGUACUGUACAAGAUAAUGGAGUAUCUCAUAUCUAUAUUAUCUACUGGUUGUUUACACUAGGAGCGAACCCAACUCGACCACCGUUAGAGUAAUCAUACACAGAAUACCCUGGGUCGGAGCGAUUAGUUAGUCAUUAUUUAAUUUUAGGCAUCGACUGUUACGCUCACAGGAUUUCAAGAAUUCAUCACCUAGAAUGCGU